AUGGCGACUGAACCAGCACGGGGGUGUGGAAGCCCAGAGAAGGCAGCUCCUUGUGGCGGUCUGCGGCAGAACAGGGCUAAGCCUCCAUAUGCAGAAGCGCAUAGCUGCCUGCCUCCCGAAAGUAACCUCCAAGGAGGUGUGGUUGGCCCUGUUAUCCCCAAAGCCCAACGCAAGGCCUGGGGCAUAGGGAGGAGAGUCUGGAGGAAGGGGAGGGGAAAGCGGCGCAGAGAACGCAGAGACCGAGGAGGCGCCCGCGGCCGCAGAGCUGCAGAGCGGGGUCUCUUUGGCCUCUCGGUGUCCGGGCUCCGGCCGCGCAGCUGGGCCAGAGGACAGCGCAUCCUUUCGGUGCGGGCCAGCAGGGCCCUUGCGGUCGGCAAGCUGGCUCCCCGCGUGGCCACCGGGACCCCCGAGCCCAAUGGCGGGGGCGGCAGCAAAAUCGACAGCACCGUAGAGAUCACCACCGGCUCUAACGGACAGGUCGGGACCCUCGGAGACGCGGUGCCCGCCGAGCAGCUGCAGGGUGAGCGCGAGCGCGAGCGCGAGCGGGAGGGGGAGGGCGACGCGGGCAGCGACGCGCUGGGCAGCAGCCUGUCGCUGGCCGUGCCCCCAGGCCCCCUCAGCUUUGAGGCGCUGCUCGCCCAGGUGGGGGCGCUGGGCGGCGGCCAGCAGCUGCAGCUCGGCCUCUGUUGCCUGCCCGUGCUCUUCGUGGCUCUGGGUUUGGCCUCGGACCCCAUCUUCACGCUGGCGCCCCCGCUGCACUGCCACUAUGGGGCCUUCCCCCCCAAUACCUCGGGCUGGGAGCAGCCCCCCAAUGCCAGUGGCGUCAGCAUCGCCGCCAGCGCGGCUCUAGCAGCGAGCACCGCCAGUCGCGUCGCCACCAGCACUGACCCCGCGUGCAGCGGCUUCGCCCCGCCGGACUUCAACCACUGCCUCAAGGACUGGGACUAUAACGGGCUCCCCGUGCUCACCACGAACGCUAUCGGCCAGUGGGAUCUGGUGUGUGACCUGGGCUGGCAGGUGAUCCUGGAGCAGAUCCUCUUCAUCUUGGGCUUUGCCUCCGGCUACUUGUUCCUGGGUUACCCCGCAGACAGAUUUGGCCGCCGUGGCAUUGUGCUGCUGACCUUGGGACUGGUGGGUCCCUGUGGAGUGGGAGGGGCUGCCGCAGGCUCCUCCACAGGUGUCAUGGCCCUCCGAUUCCUCCUGGGCUUUCUGCUUGCUGGGGUUGACCUUGGCGUCUACCUGAUGCAGUCCUCCUAGGUUUGAGUAGCAGAGGAAAAAGGACGAACAAUCUCUACCCCUUGCUGCCCAGAGGUUGGU